AUGGAUAGUGACGACGAAAUUUUCCUAACGCAAAAUACUUUCUCUCAGGAGCCUUUUUCCCCUGAGUUGAAUUUGGAAGAGUUAGUGGGAGACUUUAGAGAAGUAAGCGAACGAGAUAGUGUUGAAGUCGAAAAGAAAGAAAAUCCUGGGCGUAAUCUCGUUGUCGUUUGUGAUAACGAAGUCGAGAAGAGAAGAGAGUCCAGAAUACCGGCAAACACGAAAGUUAAUACUUCAUGGGCGGUACGUUGCUGGUAG